AGCCUGUUGCGCACUUGGCGGCACACGCAGGCUGAGCGCACAGAAACUGUGUGGGUAGACGGAGAGGGUAAUGACUUCCCUCAGUGAUUUUAUAGGCUUUGUUUGAUGACUUGAUUCACAUCGAGUCGACCUUUAUCGUAAUUUAUCAAGGGAUCAUUACAACGUGGCACCACUGAAGGGAUACAGGCUUGACGCAUCCCGGGAUCCGGAGCGAAAGGAACUUUCGAGGCUGUCAACACUAGGGAGCACCAGAAGAACCACAAACGCCUGAGUCUGCAGGCAUGCUUCACAGAUGCUCAGCAAUGUAUUAAGGACCAGAAGCUCAACAACCCAUGCCUGUCCUAUUGAACACACAUGCACACAUGGAAGAGAUCCAGACACAAAUAUUGUAACUGUGUGUGUCUGAGACCAGUCCUGUAAGUGUACACACUGUGUUGAGUUUAGAGCACUGUGGAGCCAAGGGCUUAAGCCAAAGACUAUGGUUCAACUGUCCACCUCAUUCUUCCUGCUGGGAGCCCUGCUGGGCCUGUUUCUGCUCACUCCUGUUCUAAUGGCCCCGACACCAGCCAGCAUGUGCACAGCCUUGAAGACGCUCAACGACAGCCUCAGCCACAGGCGACGGUUUAUGAAACAUAACUUACCCAUCAACUACACCAUCAGGGUUCAUCAAAAGGAAAUCUUUAGACUGUCAAACAUCAGCAGACUGAGGUUACAGGUGAAGGAGUUGGAUGAGCUGGUCCUCCAGAGGCUGUGGUUCCAGGUCAACCAAGGCGUGUUAAAAAAGAUCAUCCGAGUUCUGCCAGAGAGACAUCUUUCAUAUCAAUACACUCAUACAUUGGAAACACUCUUCAGGGAUGCUGAGGGAGUCUUUGUACAGUCGCAUCGUGCUGAGAUUUUCCAGCAGGAGCUUCCAGAGACUAUCCAGGACAUUUGGGAUUGUUUAACAGAAGAGCCUGACAGAGUGUCAGAGUCCAGCUGGCGAUUUGCUUCUCCAAAAUUCCUUCUGGACAGUUUUUGCCACACCAUGUACUGCCUCUUCAGUGAAUGCUUUGCAAAUGCUGAAGCACCACAGGACUACUGUCAUAUUUCCUAUUGGAGGAAAGGCAGGAAGAAAGACUUACAGCCCGAAAGCUGAGAAGAAACCAGCAUCAUUAUCUUCCUUGAACUAUAGUGAGAGGGGAACAGUCCACCCUGAAGCAUCAAUAAGUCUUUCCAAAGUCUACCAAACGGAGCCAAAAUUGUCUUGAUGGCAUGGUGAACCAUGGCAGACUGAAAUUGAAAGCACAAAAACAGUAUUCAUGGUAUUUUUGUGAGGCUAUAGACAUUAUGCUAAAAGGAAAUGAAGCUCUUUUGAGAGUAAAAACUCCCAAGAUUUUCCAAUCCUAUGUAAAGACAGGGUAAACGAAGUAUUGUUUAGGACUGACACUCUGCUACUUGGGUUUCUUGUAUGAAAAAGAUUUGUUCAUGUUCACACAUGGUAUCUAGACUAAAGUGAUAUAUGAUAAAUAUUUUAGAUACAAUCUUUUCUAUGGUGAAUCCUUUCAGAAGGAGUGUGCAGUGCAAGCUGCUAAAUCCUCAUCAGUGAAAUGGAUAACUUCACCUGGAGUGAAGGCAUCACUGUGGCUUUGCCAAACCUCUGGGCAAAAAGCCUGUGAUGUGCUCUCGUGGUCCUGCACAGAUCACCUCAGAGAUCGACAAGAAGCAGUACAAAAGACUGUGCAUACAAUGGUUAUUAUAUUAUGAAUCUUCUGCUGACUUUGUACCAUAGCCAGACUUCUAUUUUAUGAAUGCCUCUUUUAAACAUUUAUGAGCUAGAGCAAGAGCAAUGUACAUGAACUGAACUUCAAACCUAAAGGCAAACUGAUAACUGCUGUUUCCUCCAUCCUCUGAUGACUAUGCAUUUACAUUUACUAUGCAUUUACAAUUUACAGGCCCACAUCAACAAUGGUUUUUGACAGAGAAACAUAGGGAAAGGCUGUUCAAACACUUGCUAUGGCCCAAUAAAGUGAAGCUGGUCAGUCAUUUAAUUUAUGGUGCGACCUUCCCUUAUCCCAUUACUUUAUUUACACAGUAGUUACCAGAGUUGGUUUUAAGAAUACACUCAAAAUCAUGUGCCAAAAGGAAUUAGGAGUACUCAUCAUUUUUGUGUGUAAAAUUCAUUAAGUUAAAUUGUUACUGGUGUUCUUUAUGAUUUGAGGUUUAAUAAAAAAAAAAGUAUAAAUGCAAUAAAAACAUAUAGAAGUGUAAUUUACACUACUUUAAAUGUUAGUUACAGCAUCUGACCCAAAUUAAAUAUAUAAUGUGAUGUUUUACUCUUAAGCUAUUGGUCUUGUAGAAACUUUGGUUACAUGGGUCUGAAAGGAGCUAACUGACAGUUUUAAAAUAUCUUAAGGGGCUAAACGUGGUCCUGAUAUGCAAAAGAGACUUCAUGAUAAUAUUAUAGAUGAAUGAAAAUUUGAGUAUUACUAUUAAUGCAGUAAUAGUAUUUUUGUUAUAAUGUAUCAAUCAUAUGCAGCUAUGGCUGUCCCAUUUUUAAACAUUAGAGAAUUUUAAGGUGUUUCCCUUAUUGUGAACAAAAAAUUAUAUUUCCCACAGUUGACUGGCGACAGCAGAGAGAUGAUAACUGUAAGCACGUGAAUGAUUGUUGUCUGUGGUGUAUAGCUUUUAAAAACAGAUUUUUCUAUACACUAGGUACAGAAUUUAUUUAUUUUUUAUGUACAAUGUUACAGUACAUGACAAACCUUUU